GCGGGCACAUGCACGAUGACCGCCAUGUUGUCGUCACUCUCCACGGAAACCCAUUGAGCGGACCAAAGCAUGGCAAAGCCGCCCAGACAAGACAGAGGCCAGAAGCAAGCAAUCACUUCGUGGCCACAGCUCUUGAUAAACGCAUGAUUUCGUUGCUCUCAAUUGAAUUUCUUUUUGCCCUCUUCCCUAGAAUAUAUUCCUUUCAUUAUACCCUGACACUGUCUCUACUAAGUUUUCCUCAGAGCGUGCAAAAUCUCCUCAGCCUACCAGUACUCUGCUACGGAGUGCUCAAUUCCCAUUUAGACCUCCUCUUGCCACCACAUCGUCAUUAUGUCUAACCUCCCGUCCGAGCCUGAGUUCGAACAGGCUUACAAAGAGCUUGUCUCGACACUCGAAAACUCCUCCCUCUUCGAGAAGAACCCCGAAUACAAGAAAGCCCUCGCAGUCUGCUCAAUCCCCGAGCGAAUCAUCCAGUUCCGAGUCGUUUGGGAAGACGACAAGGGCCAGGUCCAAGUCAACCGUGGCUACCGAGUCCAGUUCAACUCGGCUCUAGGCCCCUACAAAGGUGGUCUUCGAUUCCAUCCUACGGUGAAUCUAUCAGUCUUGAAGUUCUUGGGCUUCGAGCAAAUCUUCAAGAAUGCCCUGACUGGGUUAAAUAUGGGCGGUGGAAAAGGAGGUGCAGACUUUGACCCCAAGGGCAAGUCGGACAACGAGAUCCGAAAAUUCUGCUGCGCUUUCAUGAGCGAACUUGGAAAGCACAUUGGCGCAGAUACCGAUGUUCCAGCCGGUGAUAUUGGUGUCUCUCCUCGCGAGAUUGGAUGGAUGUUUGGACAAUAUAAGAGACAAACGAAGCUGUGGGAAGGUGUUUUGACCGGAAAAGGAGGCAGCUGGGGAGGCUCUCUUAUCCGGCCAGAAGCUACUGGCUACGGUCUUGUAUAUUACGUCGAACACAUGAUCAAGUAUGCGAGUGGCGGCAAGGAGUCCUUCGCAGGCAAGAGAGUCGCAGUCUCGGGUUCCGGAAACGUUGCCCAGUAUGCCGCACUUAAGGUCAUUGAGCUUGGUGGCACAGUCGUCUCCCUGAGUGACAGCAAAGGUGCUAUCGUGGCUACGACCGACAAGGGCAUCGAUCCUGAAAUGAUCGAGACUGUUGCCAAGCUCAAGGUCGACCGGAAACAACUGUCCGAGGUCGCCAACACGUCAGACUUUAGCAGCAAGGUGAAAUACAUUGAUGGCGCGAGACCGUGGCUGCAGGUCGGCAAGGUCGAUGUUGCUCUUCCCUCUGCUACCCAGAACGAAGUCUCCAAGGAGGAAGCCGAGGGUUUGAUCAAGGCCGGAUGCAAGUUCAUUGCCGAGGGAUCCAACAUGGGCUGCACACAAGAGGCCAUCGAAGUCUUCGAAUCACAUCGGAAAUCCAACAAGGACGGAGCUAUCUGGUAUGCUCCGGGCAAAGCUGCCAAUGCUGGUGGUGUGGCGGUCUCCGGUCUGGAGAUGGCCCAGAACUCUGCACGCAUCAAGUGGACUUCUGAGGAGGUCGACGAGAAGCUUAAGCAGAUCAUGCAGAACUGCUUCGAGAACGGCCUACAGACUGCUCAGACAUACCUGACUCCAGCAGAGGGUGAGUUCCCCAGUCUGGUCGCUGGUAGCAAUAUUGCAGGGUUCAGCAAGGUUGCUGAGGCCAUGAAGGACCAGGGUGAUUGGUGGUGAUUUGGACGAGUGUUAUUCGACAGCUAGAAUAUCGUGCGAGUUAGUUCCAUCACAUAAUGAUCAGAUACGAAUCGACCUCUUGUUGUAUCUUGCGGCGCUGGUCCUGGCUUGUCUUGGCACUAAAAGACCCUAACUCCCUUAGUAUAUAAAACAGAGUGCCUGGGAGCAGUGUCUUGUCAUGG